AUGACUAGGCACUCCUAGAUUAUCAUCAAUCACAAAACCAUAUCCUCAGUUGAUGAUCUUCCAGGUUUAACUGUACAUGAGAAACUAUUCAAAGGAGGAUGUGGUACUAUUUUCAGAGGUGUGGAUCACACUACAAAACAAGAAGUAGCCAUCAAAUACUCUAAGUUUGACUUAUCUAAUGAGUAUAAAAUUAUGAAAAAGUUAUCCCACAUCCCAGGAAUCCCUAAAGUCUACACUUUUGGAGAAUCGGGAAGAUCUACCUAUCUGAGCAUGGAAUAUUUAAAUACAGAUUUGCAUAGUCUAAGGGCUAAAAUGAAACAACUCUCCUUAAAAUGCAUAUGCUGUGUUGCCAUCAAAGUACUUGAAAUACUGAAGGAAGUCCAUACUUUGAAUAUUGUACAUAGAGAUAUUAAACCUACGAAUCUAAUGAUUAAAUCUGUGGAAGAUUCAUAAAUAUACCUGAUUGAUUUUGGGAUAGCCAAGGAAGCUGAUUAGUUUCUCGUUUCAAAAGAUGUAGAAGGCACACAACUCUAUGACCCUCUCUAAGUGCAUAAAAGAUAACCUUAUAGGUUUAUUGAUGACAUUGAAAUGCUGGCCUAUACUCUUGUGUACCUCUUCAAAGGCCAACUCCCUUGGAUGAAAUACCCCAACACAAUGCUUUACAAUGAUGAGGUGAUGAGACAUAAGGAAUAAUAUGUGAGUUCUAAACAAAUGAGCAGAUUGCCAUUUGCUGGACUAUUUGGGUACAUCAAAUGGAACCAAAAUAAUAAUAAGCCAGAUCAUGAUUUUUUGAUCUCCUUGUUUAAGAAAAUUCUGACCGAAAACAAAAUGCUAGAGAACUAUUUGUAUGAUUGGACUGAAAACAUCACUCCUCUUGCGUCUUCCAAAAGUAAAACUACUAUCAGUUUCUUCAAUUACUCUUGUGUUGAAAGUGAUCAGUAUUGCACAGAUUUAAGUGACGAGGAAUAUAACCAAAGUGUUUUUCCUUUGAUGCAAUAGAUAUAUAAAUUCUUUAAAAAAGAAUGA